CCGAUUGCAGUAUCCUAUUCAAAACCACGCGAAGCUUUUAUAUUUUCUGGCAUUAUUUUUGUGUCGAGGGUAGGUCUUCACAAUCACGAUAACAACACAAAACCUAAAAACAGGUGCGUUAGUUGAAAACAUAUUUCUAAUCGAAGUUAGGAGCGUAUAGGCGUAGGCGUGAAGUGCUGAAAAACAGCACGUUUUAUACUCAUCCAAUCAUUCGCUGCAAGGGGGGGUCGUAUGUCUGUAGGAGGAGCCAGCUCUCAUAUACAUACUUUAAAAAGGAGCCAGUUCUCUUUUUGAGGCACAUAGCGCUGGAUAUACCACUGGUGUAAUUAGCCAUUCUACUGCAGUUCGAAAACCUGGAUGAAACCGUCAUCGUUAACGAUGGAGCGAGGUCGUUUGAUUCUCAUCAUACUUUGUGUCACAAUCUUACUGGUGGCCAUCGUCGUCGCCAUUGCCGUCCCCUUGUCGUUGAACAACAACAACAAAAGCAAGAGGGCUUCGGAUCUCGCCAGGCAGUACAUGAGGGAUGUGCCUUUGAUAGACGGGCACAACGAUUUACCAUGGCAGUUGGUGCUGUACGUCGACAACAAGCUGCAAGAAAUCGACCUCAAUGUGCGUCCAAACUUUAAUAUUACCCAUACCGAUAUACCCAGGCUGAGGGCAGGUUUGGUCGGAGCACAGUUUUGGGCCGCCUAUACGUACUGCGACUCACAGUACAAGGACUCCAUCCGAAACGUCCUCACCCAAAUAGAUGUUAUCAAGCGAAUGGUGGAGAGGUACCCAGAAACGUUCGAUUUAGUCACAACUGCACAAGGAAUUGAAGAUUCGUUCGCCAACGGGAAGAUUGCCUCUCUCAUCGGUGUCGAAGGGGGUCAGAACAUCGAUAGCAGCCUUGCAGUACUGCGCAUGCUCUAUGACCUUGGGACCAGAUACAUGACCGUCACCCAUAGCUGUAAUACACCUUGGGCUGAUAACUGGAAAGAAGAUUAUGAGACCGCUGGCGAACAUGACGGACUCACUGACUUCGGCAAGAAUGUUGUUCGUGAGAUGAACCGUCUUGGCAUGCUCGUCGACCUGUCGCACGUUUCCGUGGCGACGAUGAACGACGCCCUCGACGUAGCCGUGGCACCCGUCAUCUUCAGCCACACCUCGGCAUACGCACUAUGCAACCACUACAGAAACGCUCCAGACAGUGUCCUCAGGAGAGUGAAAGAAAACAAAGGAAUUGUUAUGGUGAACUUCUAUACGUAUUAUAUCAACUGUCCGCCUGGUAAUGUUACAGCUGACGACACCUACGCUACCCUUGCUCAAAUAGCUAAUCACAUGGAUCAUAUCAAAGAGGUUUGUGGAUGGGAGUGCGUUGGGUUCGGAAGUGACUAUGACGGCGUUGAUUAUGUCCCUGAAGGAUUAGAAGACGUCUCUAAGUUCCCUGACCUGGUGACAGAACUCCUUCAGAGAAAUUGGACAGAAACAGAGGUGAAGGGCGCCCUCGGAAACAACUUUCUUCGUGUGUUUAGGAAGGCGGAAGAGGUUAGUACGAUGCUUCGUGCAACCACCGAACCUUACGACGAUGUCUUCCCGAGAGAAGCCCCUAAGGAGGCUGACAAUACAUGCCGUACCUACAUGUACGGCACAUCCUUCGCGUAAAGCCAGGUACCCAUUCUCCACGACCAAUAGCUAUGGUUUCAAGCAGGGGCGGCGAUUUCUUUUCA